GUCUAGAUUCCAGUUCUGGACCCAUGUUAUUUGAUUUCCUAACAACUGAGUUGAACAUCAGGUCGGAAUGACACCAUUCCGACUAUAAAAGUGUGCGAAAUUUUUAGUAGCGCUCAUUGAUACCAAACAUUUUGUUUGGAUCGCAACUUAAGCUAUUGAAUAGAUGUUGUGAUGCAAUUAACAUAAUAGAAAUAAAUGUUUAAAUAAUAGUUCUCAUUUGAAGAGUUUUUUGUUUAAAAAUUCAAACUGAAUUUUGAAGAAACAUAUAAUUUUUGAACAGUAUAAGGAGACUGCUUGUUGUUCAUAAGGAGCUUUCUUUUAUACAAAAAAACAUUAUAAACACUUUAAUAGUUGACUUUAUACAUGGACUAUAAUUGUUUGCAUAAAGUAAUUAACAAACAAAUACAUUAAAAUUUAAACAAAAGGUGUACAGUACAUCAGUUAAAAAGAAACUGUCUAUGAAGGAUUACAGAGCUCAACUAAAAAGCCUACAAUGAUCCUGCUGCUGUUCGUCGUCGCUGUAGUGACCUUGACCCUCUACUAUCUUGUACAAGAUGUCUACCUGUUCUACAUCAAGGGAACCCCCAAAGGACCGUUUUCACUGCCGAUUAUCGGAAACAUGCAUCUUGUCGACAUGAAGCACCCUCAUUUGUCAAUGGCAAAAAUCGCCAAAAAGUAUGGUAAAAUGUUUACCAUUCGUAUGGGACCGAUGGGCCGCUUUCUCAUUGUGCAAGACAUUGAGAUAAUCAACCAGAUUGCAGAAUGUCCGUUCGCAAAUGACCGCCCUGAUGUGCCGAUCUUUGAGAAGAUAAACCAGGGCAUGGAUGGAAUUGGAUCGUGUAAAUACGGGGGGCGAUGGAAAACCAUGACGCACACGCUCCACAAGGGCAUUUCUCACAUCUCAAACAAGAGCAUGCAGGACACUGCUGUCCAUGCUAAUAAACAAUUAAUUGACAGAUUUGCAGCCAAGUCUGGUGUUGCGUACAAUCCACGCGGGGACAUCGUCCUCUUGUGUUCUGCCAUGCUUAGCUCAAUUGUGUACGGAAUCGAGCUUGAGAGUCUGGACAGCCCAGAACUGUGCACGAGAAUCCACUACCACUCCAUGAUCAUGUCGUUACUCAGCCCUUCCCAUCCUUUUAACAUAUUCCCCUGGCUCUGGGACCUACCCCUUCCUAUACCUGCCAGGGCUAGGCUGCAGAAAUGCCUGCUGGAGAGAAACAAUCUGAUGGAAUCCAUGUUUGACAGUCAUGCAGAAAACUUCACCGGGAGUGUACAUGACAUCAUGGACGUUAUUGUGCAGUUUGAGAACAUGAAGAAGGAUGCUAACGUCACGAAACACGACUUGUUCAUCUCUGCAUGGGCCAUCUAUCUGGCAGGCUGUGAUACACUGGUGGACCUGAUGUUAUGGAUGAUGUUACAUGUGUGUAUGCAUGACGAUAUCCAGGAAAACAUUCAGAAGGAACUAGAUGCCGUUUUGGAAGAGGGAGACACUAACAUACUGGCCAAGAAAGGGGACCUUAAAUAUACAAGGGCAGCGAUUUUCGAGUGCCUACGCUAUGCAAGCCCUAUUGCUAUCGGUAUUCCGCACCUGACUAGCAAAGACAUCUACAUCAAUGGAUACUGUAUCCCAAAAGACACAACCAUCAUGAUGAACCAGCACCACGUGCACCACAAUCCAGAAUACUGGCCAGAUCCCGACCAGUUUAAGCCGGAGAGAUUUCUGGACGCUCAAGGAAACCUGUACCCCACCCACCACAUUUUCAACAAUAUGCCGUUUAUUCCUUUUGGCCGAGGCAAACGACCCUGUAUCGGACGUCUCCUUGCCUUAGACAUGUUACUUAUCGAGCUGAGCAUGAUUUUACAAAGGUUUACCCUGAGACUACCACCCGGCUUUAAGCCAGACUUAGAUGGAAGCGUUGUACUGAACCUGCGGCCAAGUCCUUUCCCAGUUCAGUUUAUUGAGAGAUAAAACAUUCAUGUCCUUAAUACCAGAAAACAACAACAAUUCAAGCAUCAGCCAAUCAUGUUAACUUUAGAAAGUGUUAAGGAUUUCUCACCGGUACCCCUUUUUGAAAUUCGCGAUGAAUUUGGAGACAGCCCCGACUCUUGCCUAAUGCAAUGUAUGGUACCCUUGGGUGUUAACAACAUGAAUUGAGGGGUGAGAAUGUAUUUAGCACAGACUUAGACGGAUUAUGUAUUACAUGAAUAUAUCAACAUAUUAUAUCAUAGAAAACGAUACCGUGACUUUCUUAUGAACAUUGCAUAUAUAUGUGAAUACUCUCUAUUUAUAUCAACAUAUUAUAUCAUAGAAAAUGUCAUCAUUUGUUAUAAUACUCACUAUUUAUAUUUCAACCAUGUUCUUUGUAAAUAUGCAUAAUUUUGCCAUAGAUAUAUAUAUAUAUAUACACAUACAUGAAACAACCUGUUCAUCUCCUCAUUUUAUCAUCAAGAUUAACCUGCAACAGUAGUAAAUGUUUUGUCAUGUAUCAUUUGAAUGUCAUGUUAUAUACUUAAAAUAGGUCUAUCCGGUUCUUUAUUGAAUGAGCUAUCUAUUCCAACCUUCAAACCUUCGAGGCAAAAUGACGCCCUCUGAACACCGACCUGAAAUCUUAAUCAGCUAUCAUAAACUCUUGCAAGAAAAAUUAUUUAUUUAUAUAUUAUACUGCUGUGGGUAAUUUAUAAUCAUGUUGGCACAUCAAUUGUUUUAUUCCAUGUUUUUGAGAUAUUAGUAUUCCUGAAUUAAUUUAAUUGUAAUAAUGAUGAAUUAUCUUUAUAAAUACUAUAUUGUAUAUACUGUAUUUGGAUGCUUCUUUGUGAAUAUUAAUUAAAUAUCGAAAAAAGCACCAGUCAUACACUUAUAAACAGAGGCAAAAUUCAACACUUAUUUGAAGUGUUAAAGUGAUUAACUUUUGCUGAAAAGCAAAUGACUUAUUUAUCAGUUAUGAGAGUGUGGGCUUAUAUGUAAAUACAUAAUAUAUCAGUUAUAAUUUGUUUGAAUAAAGAAACAAAACUUC